UGUUUAUCAAAGUGCAGUUGCUCUCUUCAUUCUAGUGCCUUCACCAACGGAGCUUGUAGUGACAUCUGAAAAUUUCAAAUCAGUUUUGCAUUGGCAGUACCCACCUAUGUCUGAAACUCCUCGUUUUAUUGUGGAAAUCAAGCCUUACAAUUUAGGUUACUAUAAGAAAAUCUCAACCUGUAUGAACACUACAGAUCAUUUUUGUGAUUUCUCAAAGGAAAUAUAUGACCCUUAUUCAUCUCACUGGCUUCGAGUUAAGGCUGUUGUUUUCUCGCAGCAGUCUGAAUAUGUUGAGUCAAAGGAGUUUAUUUUACAAAGGCAUGUGCCUUCACCAACGGAGCUUGUAGUGACAUCUGAAAAUUUCAAAUCAGUUUUGCAUUGGCAGUACCCACCUAUGUCUGAAACUCCUCGUUUUAUUGUGGAAAUCAAGCCUUACAAUUUAGGUUACUAUAAGAAAAUCUCAACCUGUAUGAACACUACAGAUCAUUUUUGUGAUUUCUCAAAGGAAAUAUAUGACCCUUAUUUAUCUCACUGGCUUCGAGUUAAGGCUGUUGUUUUCUCGCAGCAGUCUGAAUAUGUUGAGUCAAAGGAGUUUAUUUUACAAAGGCAUGGAAAAAUAGGACCGCCAAAACUGAGUCUGUCAAGACACGGUGAUAAAAUCACGGUUGAUAUUUACCAUUCUGUAUUCCCUCUUUCUUGUAUUGAAGACAUUUAUUCAAAGCUUGAGUACUCGGCGAUUGUUCGGGAUAGUAAAAAUAAGACUGAGGAGCUCUAUGCAGACAACUGUACAGUGAAUAAGUGCAGCCUCAAAAUCCCAAUUUCUACUGAAAAUUCUACUUACUGUGUUUCAGCAACAGGAAGUUUUGAUAAUCUGAUGUUUGGCACUCCAUCAGAGGAAAGUUGCAUUUCUGUUCCUCUCAAGCAGAUGUCAAGUACACAUGGUAUCAUCAUUGUGUGUGUUGUUAUUGGGAUCUUGACUGUAAUAUUUUCGGUGUAUUAUGGCUGCAAAAAACUAAGGAAAGACAACAUACAGCUGCCAAAGUCGUUGGUCAUUGUGAUGAGAAACCUGAACACAGGCACCUUACUGGGACCAAGGUCAGACGGGAAGUAUAUAUCCGUAAUUAGCUUCCCAUCGAGCCACUCGGAGUUGCCAGUGAAUGGUGAAGUAACCUUGCUGGUCACAGAGCCAGAAGAACAAACUGUUAGUCCUGCAAAUUCCUGUGAUGGAGAAUCUUCUGUCCCUUCCCCAGAGCCACCAGCCAAAGCAGAAGAGGUGCCUGUUCAGGAAAGCACAGAGGAGGUCUCUUCUGAUGCUGAAGAACAGAACUGUGUGGUAAAAGAGAAUUACUUCAUUUCUGACAGUAGCCAAAUGGAUAUCUGCAAUGAGUCUUCAGGGUCACAGAUCUCUACCACAGAAAGACAGCAAACGGUGAUUCCAAGCAGCUGCUUCAAGUUUUCCGGCUAUGACAAGCCUCAUGUUCCAUUAGAUAUGUUGAUGAUAGAUGUUGGUGAAGAGCAGCCUGUGAAUGCUUACAGGCCAACUGAGUAGGCAGGAUAACUGAAGUGCCUAACCACAACUCAGAAGAGCAUUACUGAAGGUUUUGGAAAGUGUGGGUUAAAUUGUGAUUAUCUACGAGUUGUACUUGUUCUGGUCAGUAAACAAAUGAAAAUAGUAUCUGAAAAUGGCAUAAAAAUGUGGGGAAAUUUAAUAGUAACCACUUUUUGAAAUGCUUUUGUAUAUGAUAUAACUCAUUUCCUAUUUGAAAUAGUGCUGUGUUUUUUAACAAUACUCUAUAGAAAAUAUACCAUGGACUAUAAAACAUGAGCUGUACCAUUAUGCACUUCUGCUUCAAAUCUUGCUCAAAAUCAGUUCAACAAGCAUAAUGCUUAAAAACUCCUGCACUUGAUUAUGAUGGAUGUGUGCAAGAAAUGUUUGAGAAUUUUUACCAUUAUUGGAGGUAUCUUCUCGCUUAUGUUUUUUUCUUUUGAAGAGUAUUUUUAUAUUAAAUGCUCCUAUUUCUUUUAAAUAAGACUGUGCCCUAUAAACUCUUCCUGUAUAUCUUAGGAAUUUGAUUGUGUGUCAGAGAAGUAAGAAGUAAUGGCCAUAAACUAAGAACACAAGAAGUUCACCUCAGCAUGAGGAAUAACUUCUUUGCAUUGAGGGUGGGUGGCAGAGCACUGGCACAGGCUGCCCAGGGGGAUCACGGAGUCUCCCUCUCUGAGGACAUUCAAAACCCACCUGAACUCAUUCCUGUGUCACCUGCUCUAGGUGACCCUGCCUUACCAGGGUGUUGGACUGGGUGGUUUCCAGAGGUUACUUCCAACCCUAACAAUUCUGUGAAAGUACCAGUUAUUUGUAGUCUUUGCUGCUAACUUCAAUAUAGCAGCUCCCAUUUGGAUCACCUUGUGGCCUGAGUACCCAUGUCCCAUUCUAUUAGUAAGCUGACUGAUCAUCACUGGGGGAAAGAAGUCUAAUGGGUAGUUGCACAAAUUCCUUAGAAAAUGCCCUCAAAAUUCAAAAGCCUGGUUUCUUAUAUUAUUCUAUUCCAUUGUUCUAUUCUUCUAUUUAUUCUAUUUUUAUCCUAAUUAUUAGAACAAUAUGUUCUUUAAAUAGAAAUCAAUUGAACUUUUCUAACAGGAUGAAAAUCACUGCUAUUUCCACCCCUUAUAAUAACAUAACACUGGAACUACACAAAAUUACCCUCUAAAAAAAAAAUCACAAAAUCAUCCUCAUAAAAAACAUCUCAAGACCAUAGGAAAAUAGUGUGAUUAAGCCAUGCUUUAUAAGUUUUAUUGUCAGCUGACAGCCUCUUCCAAAUUUUAUAUCACCGAGUCUGUAGUUUUGAAAACUGAGGAAUAAGAAUUCUAUAUUUUUAUAUAUUUUUUUUUAAUAUUGAAAUGCAUGUGAUAUAUUUAUUUCCCUUUAAUUAAGAUUUGGUAGGUAUUUUCUAUUUGUAGGAAAUGUUUAGAGCAAUUAUUAAUGAAGUUCAGGAAAAAAAAACGCUUUACGGGUACAAGUUGGUCCAUUUACACAAAAUCGUGGGUUUGUUAUAAAAGACAUUAUUAUAGGAUUGUCAGAAUUGUUACCAUAUUACAGUGGUGGUUUUAAGGGAAAACCAGUGUCAUAGGACUUCUGUCCUUACAUUCCUUAGUGAUGUGAGCAUUCUUAAGGUGAAGUUAGUUUAUACAGCAGUUUCGGGAGUGCUUCCAUUGUUGUAUAUAUCAGAUACUGACCACAGUGGUAUAAAAGAUUUAAAAACAAUAGCUAUUUUUCCCAUCUCUACUCACAGGAAGGUAACAGAUUGCUUAGCAGGGUUUUGAUAAUUUUAGGAAAAGCCAAAUUAGUUAUGAUAUGUAGUUAUGAUGUCAUGGAAAGACCAAAUAGUAAUUGUUAGCUGGCUGUGAUUAGUUUCUGCAUUCUAUUCAAACACAGUGCGACUCCAUAGCAACUUCCUCAAUGUCGUGUUCUGGGCUGAGUUCCUAGAGGCAGUGCUUACUGUCUUACUGCUUAGGAUGCACUACUGUGUAGGUCUCCCCGAGGCAGAGGUGCAGAAAAUAACACUCUUGGUGUGGCAAGAAAGCUUUUGGAAAAUCAGCAUUAACUGCACUUGAAACUUCAACUAAACUGACCGGGUAGUGAUGUGGUUCAUCACUGAGGCUCUCAGGGGACUGUCUACUAAGUAGAUGAGCUGCUGUGUCUUGUGCAGAGAUUGCAGUUGAUGUAAUUUCUUUCUGAGUUUGGAGGUUUGUUGAUGAAUAUGAAUUGCAAUAAAAUACCUCAGGAAUUUAUAAAUGUCAGGGAAGUGUUUACAUUAAACUUGGCUCUGAAGGGAUAAAGAGAGCAUUAGAAACUGUGGAGUUAGUCUUGUUUUUUGGGAAGAAGUUUCUGACCAGACAAUUUGCUCUGUAUUUUCUUUGCAACUGCUCAGAGCAUUUAACCUUGCACUUGGUAGCUUGUUUUCCUUCUCUCAGUUUUGUCAAAAAAAGAAAUAAAAUGUUGAUGUUGUCCAAGAACAUCCGUAAUUAGCUUUGGCAAUUGUUGGAUUUGAUGUGUGUGCCUCAAAACCAAGAUUCUGUCAGAAACGUGUAAUUUUUAUUUUUUUUUAAUUAGAUUUACAUUCUUAGCAGUGCAUCAGGAAACUCUGGUGCUAUUAAACUGAGACAGAGUGUGUUAGAUUUGUGUGAGCUAAGUGUUUCAUUGUUCUGGAAGAUUUCCCUUUGCUGACACACUGGCAGAGGAAUGCCACUAGACACAUUUUAAAAUGAAGUGACUGUCUCGGGUUCUUUUCUCUUACCCCUGCAAUACAAGUACAUUGUACAUUCUUCUAAAUCUUUCAAAUCACGUGGAGUCUAAUGUGAGUAAAAGGACCCAGCCAGGAGCUAAGAUAUCAUUAAGAAGAGUGAUGUUAAGAUCAGUAAGAAAUGACACAAAAAUAUAUGGGAAAAAUUUGGCAUGGCAAAUAGUCACAUGUAUCGGAAAGGUGGUGUUAUUUGGGAAGCUGAAAGUCAAGAACAGCUGUAUGAGUGCUUUGUACUAUAUCACAUUUAUAUGCAACAGACCUGCUCUUGAAAUAAAGCAAGGUUAAAUGUACUUUUUAAUGAAAAUUUCUGAAUUGUAAAUAAAAAAGCCACUGAACUAGCACCA